GCUGUCAUUACUGUCAACAUAACCAUAACCUAACAUAAUAAUAAACAAAAAUAAUUUAAAUAAAUGUUUCUAACAAAAUAAAAGUUUAAAUUAACAGAUAGGUGCUAACAUAAUUUAUAAGCAAUAUGUCUUUAUGUGGAAUUUGUGGGUCAGAACACGUCCCAGCAGACUGCGAUUUAAUACAAGUUACUUCUCAUAUUCUUGAUAGAAGCAUUCCUUCCAGAGCAAGACUGACCAUGCCAGAAUCUCUAGAAUUAAAAAAUAUGGCAGAUGGUACUUAUGAUGUUGCUGCAUUGUAUCCUUUUGAAAAGGGAACACAAUUUGGGCCUUUGGUUUCUAAAAAACUGUGUUCCCUACUCCCUGCUAUUAAUUUCCCAUUGAGGGUAUUUUGUGAAAGUGGAUCAGAGGAUCAAACCUUUUCAGAGUAUUAUUUGGAUACUACUAAUGAAGAUGAAUGCAAUUGGAUGAUGUUUGUAAAUGCAGCAGCUGAUUUUAAAGAGCAAAAUGUUAUUUGCUAUCAGGAUGGAGAAGACAUUUAUUAUGUAACAGUUAAAGACAUAUGCGAAGGAGAAGCCUUGAAAGUUUGGUACUCGCCAUAUUAUGCUGCAAAAAUGCAAAAGGAUACCUGGAAACCUAGCAGCAAUGACGAGAAUCAUAAUGAUACGGAGAAUUCUGUAGUUGAACAUUUAGUGAAAAAUAAAAAGAAUAUAUCGACAAGGGAAAUAUGGAGUUGUAAGUUUUGUGGUAAAACUGAGAAGUUGCUGUCAGAGUUUGCUUUACAUCUUAUCCAACAUUAUCGAAUGAAGGCAGACACGUUUUGUCAUUUAUGUAAUUUUUCUUUAAAAAGAGAAAAGGCGUACCAAAAACAUAUGAAACAGGUUCACAAGAAUGACACAGUAUCAUUACCUACAGAACAGCAAUCAGCAGUGUUACAACCACCUGAAGAAAAUAUUCCUGAUUCACAAUCAAAAAGCAUUUCCAUUGGUGGACCUCUAAUGUUUAGCUCACUUCAUGGGGAUAGUAUGGACAAUACAAUGCUUAUAUUCACCAAGUCGGAUAGCAAUGGUAUAGACCAGAGUCGAAAGGAGGGUCAAAAGAAUAAUAAUUUAGGUGUUGAAGUUUUAAGCUUAAAUGUAGAAUCUACCUCUUGUGAUAAUGUCAAAGUAUUAGAUAAUUUUAAUUUCGAGUUAGCAUCAAAUGGAAAUGAACAACUUAUCUGUGAUAUAUGUUUAAGUGACUUCAAUAGUUUUAAAGAGCUCAUUACUCAUAUGAAUAUCCAUUGGAAGGGGCCUGAAUCAAUGGCUUAUGAUAAGGUAUCAAAAAAUACUAAUAAAGCUGCUCAUUUAAGACAUAAAGAAAACAAUGAACUAUUAAAACAACCAUCAAUUACACAAAAAUCCAUCCCAAGUCUUCCCGAGUUACAACCCAAAGAUGCAUGUUUUGGCGAUCCUUUUCUACUCACUGGUUUACCCAGCGACAAUAUUGAUAUAGAUAACACAACUCUAAUACUCGACUCGAACCAACUUGAUCUAAGUGGGAUACAAAACCAAAAUGGUCUUUUCGAGAGUGAGAAUAUGAACUUAAAUGUGGAAAUGAUACUUCCGGAAAACGUCAAGGAAUUGGAUAACUUUAACUUUGAGAUUUCCCCUAACGAAAACGAACAACCUAUCUGUGAUAUUUGCCUCAAAACUUUUAAAAACUCAAAGGCGUUGAUUCUUCACAUGAAUGUUCAUGCGGGGACAUUCGUUUGCUUUCAAUGUAAUAAGGUUUUCGCUCGCAAAGAAAAUCUGACCCACCAUAGGUGUACAACUUUCUACAAGUUACAAUGUCCUUUAUGCGAGAAGCUCUUCUCACAAGAAAAAUUUCUUAAAUAUCAUAUCAAAGCUAGCCAUAGUAUCAAUUGCAAACGUUGUAAAACUAUUUUUUCAUCCGAAGAAGAACGGACAGUUCACAAUUGUCCUAAAAAGUCUCCUCCCAAACAACAUAUUUGUACUGUAUGUUCGAAGGCAUUUAAUUUUAAGAACAACCUUUUUACUCAUAUGAAAACUCAUGAGUCAAAUCCGGAAGAAUCGUAUACUUGUCCUACGUGCAACAAGGUAGUUAAGAACUGGAAUCUUUAUUUGAAACAUCGAAAGAUUCAUGAAGGAUUGAGAUAUAAAUGUGAUAUGUGUGAUAAGGCAUUUAAACGAAGUGACAGCUUAAAAUGCCAUAAAGAUAACCAGCAUUCAUCAGAUGAGCCCAAUAAGGUGAGCUGUGAGACUUGUCAAAAGGAUUUCAAGAACAAAAAGUUGCUCAAGAUGCAUCAAGUAACACAUCUGAAUAAUUCCUUAAACUGCCAGCAUUGUUCAGCUGUAUUCACGACAGAAAAAUAUCUUAAACGGCACAUAAAAACCUUACAUGCAGGAUACAAAGAUAUUCAGUCGCUUGACAAGCAAUAUUCUUGUCCAAAAUGCAAUAAAAAAUUUAAACUUCGCUAUUCCAUUGAACGCCAUAUCAAAAACUUCCAUCCUGAAUAUAGUUUGGAAUACAAAAAUAAUAAAAUAAAAGGACUGGAAAAUAAGAGACAGGCUAAUCUGUCGAAACAAGUGGAGGAUUUAAAGAGGACCAUUGAAAACAUGAACUUCACUACAGAUGAAAUCAACCAGGAUAAUACUAUGGAGAUUUUAUUUAAUAACUCAGAUAUAUUUACUAGCGACAGUAAUGAUAGAUUGAUGGAGAGUCUGAUUAAUACAGCAGUUAGCGAGAAUAAUCUGGAAGAUAAAGACCAUCAGCAGGAUCCGAUGUUAUCUAUGCCAGAUUUGGAUCUGGAUCACAUCGGUUUGAGGACUGAUGUUAAGUCAUAAGUUACUAAAUUGUGUAAAAUUAAAUAUCUGUAACGAUAUGCGAAAGUUGACAAAAUAUCUAAAUUUGCCAAAAGUGUAUUUGUUAACUCGAUUGCAAUCGAGUAUUUAUUUACUCGACAGAAUGCAAAAUUUCCCAAAUAAUCUGCCAUGAAUGGGCCAUGGAAGAUUCUCGAUGGUUUCAUAAGCUCUUCUGGAACUUACUUUCGAUAACUUAAAACAGUAGUUUCCAAAGUGUGGGUUGCGACACCCUUAGGAGUCGCAUUAAAGAGCUGAGGGGGUCGAGAAAUGAUUUAAAAAAAGAUAACCUUGAUGAUGUUGUUUAGUUCAUGGUUUAGUG